AUGGAUGUCUUGAUCGACAAAGAGACAGAUAGUCUCAUUAUUGCUGAUGAAGAGAAUCGACGAGUUGUACGAUGGUCUCGUCAUAGUGGAACAACACAAGGAGAAAUACUGAUCAACAACAUCCAUUGUCGGGGAUUAGCUCUGGAUGAUCAGAGAUAUCUCUAUGUCUCUGACUACGGAAGGCAGGAAGUACGACGAUAUCGACUAGGUGAUGACAAGAAUGGCACUCUCGUCGCUGGAGGAAAUGGCCAAGGUGCUGGUCUCAAUCAACUCAACUGGCCGAGAUAUCUCUUUGUUGAUCGAGAACAGAAUCUCUACGUCUCAGACCAGAACAAUCAUCGUGUUAUGAAAUGGAAGAAAGGUGCAAAAGAAGGCAUUGUCGUUGCUGGAGGACGAGGCGCAGGGAAUGCUCUGACACAAUUGUCGUAUCCUGGUGGACUCUUCGUCGAUUCCUCGGGUACUCUCUAUGUGGCAGAGGGGAGGAAUGAUCAAGUGAUGCGUUGGACUCCAGGAGCACCACAAGGCACUGUCAUUGUCGGUGGAAAUGGUGAAGGAGCAGGAACAAAUCAGUUCAGCAACCCCAUUGGUUUGUCUUUCGAUCGACAUGGUCAUCUCUAUGUCGUCGAUUGUUGGAAUAACCGUGUUCAACGCUUUUCUCUCGAACCAUAG